UAUCUUCUGUGUAAAGUCCGCAGUCUGUUUUCUGUCCAUUUUCUAGCUGGGUUGUAGGUGGGUCGGCCGCUUGUGCCACGUGGCUGUACCUGUUGAUUUUCAAGGGGUGACCUACAGAUGGGCAUAGCCCCUAUUGCACUGUCUUUGCCCGGGCGGUCUUUACGGAUGUAUCGUUGUUGUCCAUUUUCUUGACUAUAUGGAGUACUCUCUUCAUAUUAUCUGAGAGGCUCUCGACGGACGUGGUGGGUGCGUCGCUGAUAUCGAGUCUAAUGGCAUAUUCUGUCUCGUCGACCACCGAAUCCGAAGGACGAGAAGCACAAGAUAUAUCUGGCCGGUACUGGAAUGCCAAUAUACCCAAGGAGCAGUUGACUGAGGAGUGGCCCGAGUAUUUGAGCAGCAUCAGUGAGAAGAACAAGGGUAUCUUAUGCCAGAAGGACAACGACUUCAACAGACUCAGCUGGGCGGAAGUACAACACCUCGUCAAUACCAAUCACAUUGAACGCUUUCAACGUACUUCAAGCCAGUUGCGAGCAUACCUGGAGUAUAUAUACUACCUGCACAAGAAGUACGGCUCGGUCUUGUCGUACGUACAACACGAGCGGCUUCAUUGGGAAGAUAUAACGCCUUCUGGCGACCGACCGUUUAUCAGUCCAACAGACUACAAAAUCCUGUAUAACGACUGGCCGUAUUAUGUUGACGAGGAUAUCAAGCAUCUCGUGGUAUGGACGAAAUUUACUAUCGAGGAUGACGAGAACACAGGAAAGAUCUCGCCAGGAGCGGCAACCCAAGUUGAGGACUUCAUAACAAGGACAUUCUGCUCCAGUGACGGUCUUCAGGUGGAAAGAGACCAGAUUGUGUGGUUCAAGAACUGGAGAAGUCUGAAGAGUGUCCAUGCAUUAGAGCAUUUUCACGUCAUGCUUUAUAAGGCGCCAGCAGACCUACUGCAUUCUGUUACAGGCGGAGAUCGGCCCAGGGCGGAAACGUGGACUUCAGGAGAUGGAUAGAGACUGAAAGGGGGUGCAAGGCCACCAAUUGUGGUAAACAAAGACGCUGCAUCAAAACGAUAGAUCACAGGAUGCCUCAUGCCCUGGAAGAUCUUGGGAAACAGGUUUCCUAGUAGACAAUCUGGAACCUUGAAGAUUCGGGAGCCUGGAAAAGCGAGACCCCGAGGACACGUGGAUGGAUCAGGCAUAAUUCUUUGGGGCUGUUGAGUGCCUGUGAAGUGUUUUUUUAUCCACGGAAUGACGCAUGUCCCUCCUGACUUUCAGGUGUACUAGUAAUAAUUGUGGCUUGUGCCUG